GGAAGCGGGUCCCGGGGCAGGAAAGGAAGGCGAGCAGGGGAAGCGGGGCGAUGCCGCUGCUGCACCGAAAGCCCUUCGUGAGGGAGAAGCCCCCCGCGGACCUGCGGCCGGACGAGCGCGUCUUCUACUGCAGGGAUAACUAUCUAGAUCCUCUUUGUGAUUUUUUUGAACGCACCAUUCUGUGCAACAGCCUUGUAUGGAGUUGUGCUGUCACAGGUAAACCAGGACUCACAUAUCAGGAAGCACUGGAAUCGGAAAAGAAAGCCAGGCAUAAUCUCCAGAGUUUUCCAGAGGCACUCAUCAUUCCAGUUCUCUACUUGGCCACCCUUACCCAUCGCCCACGACUUCAUGAGAUCUGUGAUGAAAUCUUUGCUUAUGUCAAGGAUCGAUAUUUUGUUGGUGAAACAGUGGAAGUCAUUAGGAGUAAUGGUGCAAGGUUGCCGUGUAAGGUUUUGGAAGUCAUUGCUCCAGUGCAUCACAACGGAAUGGCUAAUGGCCACCUCAGCAGUGCUGAUGGAGACACGAUUGUCAUCAGUGAUAGUGAUGAUUCAGAAACUCACAAUAGUUCUGCACAAAAUGGGAAGAAGAAAGCCAUAAUUGAUCCCUCUUUGUUCAAAUAUAAAGUCCAACCUAUUAAAAAAGAACUUUAUGAAUCUGUUAUUGUUAAAGCAUCUCAGCUAAGCAGGAGGAAGCAUCUGUUUUCUCGUGAUAGACUUAAACUUUUUCUGAAACAGCACUGUGAAGCACAUGAUGGAGUCAUUAAAAUGAAGGCUACAUCAAUUGCAAAAUACAGUCUAGCAGAACAAAAUUUCUCGUACUUCUUUCCCGAUGACCCACCCACAUUUAUCUUCAGUCCUGCAAGCAGAAGGCGAGGGAGGCCUCCAAAGAGGGCCUCUCUUAGUCAGGAGGACAAGGUUACUGCUAAACAAAAUAUCCCAGGAAGCAGAAGUAAGGGAGCAAAGGAAAAGACAAGAUUCCAGAGGCAGAAAGAAGAAAUGCAGGCCAUGGCUUUUGAAAAAGCUAAAUUAAAACGAGAGAAGGCAAAUGCUAUAGAAGCCAGGAGAAAGGAGAAAGAAGAUAAGGAAAAAAAGAGAGAACAAUUAAAGAAGAUUGUGGAAGAAGAAAGGAUGAAGAAGAAAGAGGAGAAAGAGAGGCUCAAAAUAGAAAAGGAAAAAGAAAGAGAGAAGCUGCGAGAAGAAAAAAGAAGAUACGUGGAAUACCUAAAGCAGUGGAGUAAACCUAGGGAAGACAUGGAGUGUGAUGAUCUUAAGGAGCUUCCAGUGCCCAUGCCAGUGAAGACCAGGCUUCCUCCUGAGAUCUUUGGCGAUGCUCUGAUGGUUUUGGAGUUUCUGUAUGCUUUUGGGGAACUCUUUGAUCUUCAAGAUGAGUUUCCUGAAGGAGUAACUUUAGAAGUUUUAGAGGAAGCUCUUGUAGGAAAUGACACUGAAGGCCCACUAUGUGAAUUGCUGUUUUUCUUCCUGACUGCCAUCUUUCAGGCAAUGGCCGAAGAGGAAGAGGAAGUGGCCAAAGAUCAAAUAGCUGACGCUGAGACCAAAGAUUUAACAGAGGCUUUGGAUGAAGAUGCAGACCCCACAAAAUCUGCACUGUCUGCAGUUGCAACUUUGGCAGCUGCAUGGCCCCAGUUACAUCAGGGCUGCAAUUUGAAAAACUUGGAUCUUGAUAGCUGCACUCUUUCUGAGAUUCUCAGACUUCACAUUCUAGCAUCAGGCGCUGAUGUAACAUCAGCUAACGCCAAAUACCGUUACCAGAAACGCGGCGGGUUCGAUGCUACUGACGAUGCUUGCAUGGAGCUGAGAUUAAGUAAUCCUGGCCUCUUGAAGAAGCUUUCAAGUACCUCAGUGUAUGAUUUGUUGCCAGGAGAAAAGAUGAAGAUCCUGCAUGCCCUCUGUGGGAAACUUCUGACUCUCGUCUCCACUCGAGAUUUCAUCGAGGACUCCGUUGACGUGUUACGGCAGGCGAAGCAAGAGUUCAGAGAACUGAAGGCAGAACAGCAUCGCAAAGAGCGAGAAGCGGCGGCAGCAAGGAUACGUAAGAGGAAAGAAGAAAGGUUAAAAGAACAAGAGCUAAAAAUGAAAGAGAAACAAGAAAAGCUGAAGGAAGAGGAGCAAAGAAAUCUUGCUGCAGAAGUACCUGUUGGGGAGGAGGAACGGGAAGAGCUUGAUACCAGCACAGAGAGCAAAGAAGUUGAACGUAAAGAGCAAGACAUGGACACAGUAACAGAGGAUGAAGAGGAGUUGGGACCAAACAAAAAAGGGAGAAGAGGAAGGAGAGGGCAAAAUGGAUAUAAAGAAUUUACAAGGCAAGAAGAGACCAUUUCUGAAAAGAGUGAACCUCUUACUGCUGAAGAGGAAGAAGCUUUAAAACAGGAGCAACAGAAGAAAGAGAAGGAUCUGCUAGAAAAGAUUCAGAACGCGACAGCCUGCACAAAUAUCACCCCUUUAGGUCGCGACCGCAUGUACCGACGCUACUGGAUUUUCCCCUCUGUUCCUGGAUUGUUUAUAGAAGAGGAUUUUUCCGGUCUCACAGAAGACAUGUUGUUGCCUCGAACCUCUUCCUUUCAGAGUAGUGUACAGUCUUGCACAAGUGAACCUCAGGUAUUCAGUAAAACUGGAGAGUCUUUGAAAUCCUCUGAAUCUACCUCCACUCUUGACCAAGAUUCACACAGCAGUGUUGUUGUAGAGGUGCCAAGGCCAGUAUAUAAACCAAACCGUUGGUGCUUUUAUAGUUCUCGGGAACAACUGGACCAACUCCUUGAGGCUCUCAAUUCCCGAGGACAUAGGGAGAGUGCCUUAAAAGAAACUCUUUUACAAGAGAAAAGUAGAAUAUAUGAACAACUAAGCAGUUUUCCUGUGGAAAAAUUCCAUAUUCCAGACAAACCUCAAAGUGACAUUAGACCUCCUUCAGGACGGGGAAGAAUGCCAAACGCCCUUGAUGCAUCUCAGAAAUCUGCAGAAAAGCAGCUUGAAUUGAGACUUAGAGACUUUCUUUUGGACAUUGAAGACAGGAUCUACCAAGGAACAUUGGGGGCUAUUAAGGUUACAGACAGACAGUCUUGGAGAGCAGCCUUAGAACAUGGGCGGUAUGAGUUUCUAAAUGAUGAAAACAAGGAAAAUGGUGUAAUUAAAACUGUGAAUGAAGAAUCGGAUGAAAUGGAAACUGAUGAUCAAGAUAAGUUUAUUGUGAAAGACAGACUUGUUGGAAUAAAAACUGAAGCUCCCAGUGCUGCAUCAACAAGUACAAGUACUCCUCAGGCAGUUAAUAAUGUGGUCCACUACUUGGCGUCUGCACUGCUUCAGAUAGAGCAAGGAAUCGAGCGCAGGUUUCUCAAAGCACCUCUUGAUGCCAGUGAUGGUGGACGAUCCUAUAAAACAGUUCUGGAUCGCUGGAGAGAGUCGCUUCUUUCUUCUACCAGUUUGUCCCAAGUCUUCCUUCACCUCUCCACGCUGGAUCGAAGCGUCAUCUGGUCCAAGUCUAUUCUCAAUGCGCGCUGCAAAGUGUGCCGGAAGAAGGGCGACGCGGAGAGCAUGGUGCUGUGUGACGGCUGCGACCGAGGCUAUCACACCUACUGCAUCAGGCCCAAGCUUAAGGUUAUUCCUGAAGGAGACUGGUUCUGUCCAGAGUGCCGACCGAAGCAGCGCUCCAGGCGCCUCUCCUCCAGACAGAGACCUUCCCUGGAAAGUGAUGAAGAGGCUGCUGAGCGAAUAGAAGAAGGGGAAGACGGUGCAAACUAUGAUGAAAUGGGACAAAGUGAGGAGGAGGAUUAUGAAGAUGAACAAGAUGAGGAGGAUGAAUCUCAAGAGGAAGAGGAAAUAAGCCCGUCAAAGCAAGGAAGACCCCAAGUCAAGUUUCCAUUGAAGAUGAGAGCAGCCAAACUCAACAAUCCUUUCUCCAGCCGGAACUGCCAGCGCCCGGCGAGAUACGCGGCGCGGAGCCAGCCAAGCACGCCCAAGCAGCCGGGCUCCGCGGCCAGGGGCACCAGGAGGGGCCUGAGGAAAGUGAAGUCGGCCCCUCCGUCGGUGACCAAGCCCACGUUAAGACUGCACAGCCGGACCACGCGCCAGAGCCAGGGCUCGCUGCAAGCAGAUGUGUUUGUGGAAUUGCUCAGUCCUCGAAGGCGGCGGCGGGGAAGGAAGAACGCUGAUAACGCGUCCGAGAGCAGCCCCUCCAGUUCUCUUGGGUUUAGAGUUGUUGAUGCUCCAGACUUGAACGAACGGCUUAGAAAGUACCCAGUUUCUGCUUCAAAACUUUCUCUUCCUGUUAGCGAACCCAAGAGAAGAGGCAGGAAACGACAAUCCACAGAGUCAUCUCCUCAAACCUCGUUGAACAGGAGAAGUUCAGGACGUCAGGGUGGAGUUCAUGAGCUCUCGGCUUUUGAGCAGCUGGUGGUAGAGCUGGUACGACACGAUGACAGCUGGCCUUUCAUGAAACUGGUUUCCAAAAUCCAGGUACCAGACUACUAUGAUAUCAUCAAAAAACCUAUUGCCUUAAAUAUCAUCCGUGAAAAAGUGAAUAAAUGUGAAUACAAACUAGCAUCGGAAUUCAUCGAAGACGUUGAGCUGAUGUUUUCCAACUGCUUUGAGUACAACCCUCGUAACACGAGCGAAGCCAAAGCUGGAACCCGGCUCCAGGCUUUCUUCCACAUCCAGGCUCAGAAGCUGGGCCUGCCCGUCGCGUCCGGCACCGUGGACCACGGCGCUCCCCCUGCCAAGAAGUCGCGGAUCUGACCUCUGCCUUCCAAAGGAUUUUCUGAGGGAAUCUUGUAUGUUCAUUAAAAUGAAAUGUUAAAUCAUGCAGUCAUCAUACCUGUAUAAAGCAAUAACAGCUGUUUAACCACCUUGAAGUGUGGCCUGCACUAUAUUCUCAAUGUAAUAUUAAGCACUCAGGAGAAUGUAGGAAAGAUUACCUUUGCUACAGUUUUAUUCAGUGUCUAAUUAUUUUGAUAGAUGUACUGGAUACAGUACUGGUUUACAGAGGUUUUGUACAUUUUUAAUACAUUCAUGUGUCCAGAUAUCUUCCGGUGAUAUGCUGUUUCCUGCACCAAAUGACCUUGUUUCGUUCUCUAGAUUUUCUAGGAGCUGUGGUAUUGAGGGCUUUAUCAACUCAGAUAAAAUCUUCUGCUGUAGCACAGUUGAAGAAACUGUGUGUGUGUUUAAAACUCUUUGCAGCCUGUCUUUACAACACUACACAUGAAUGAGUACAAUUGCAUAUCCUUUAAGUACUGUACCAGUGCUGGCUGGAAGCAUUCAGUCUGAGUUUAUUAAGUAGAUAUUUAUUUAGCAUUCAAAGUAAUUUGUGAAUUUGUUUUGUAUUUAUAAAAUUUGUACUUGGGGAUUAAAAACAAAAACAAAAAAAAAGAGAGUUCCAUAACUUUUUUAAUUUUUUCCUGUGUUUUUGUUUAUUCCUCUCUAACUUCUUGAUGAUCAAUCAAUAAAUACCUUCCCCUCUCCCUGGCAGUUCUUCUAGCAAUGAGUAAUUUACAGGACUGUAUUAUAAGUUUCUAUGUACAACUUUCUAAGUGUACAAAUAAAAUGACACAUUUUUCAAAGUA